ACCUGGGGAAGUUGGAAGUUGCAGAGCUAGCAAACCACUCCCCGAACACUUCUACGUUGCCACCCACCAACUCCAUGCAGUGCAGCCCGUUGAAAGCAAAGCAAGUAAACUACUACACAAAAGCCCGGGAGAUCUGCUGGCUCGCCUCUAUAUAUAAAGCACCAAAUCCAGCAUGCUCCGAAUGCAGCAGAGCAGUGGUCACUACACCAACGAAGCAAAAGCCUGCUCACUCAGAGGAACACACCGCGAAGUAAGCAUGCCGCGCCACCUCGCGCUGCGCGCGAUCAACACCACGCUGCCGGCGGCGUCCGCCCAGCUCGUCGGCGCGGCAGCUGCGUUCCUGGCCGUGUGCGCGCUGGCGCUGGUCCUGUGCGCGUCGCACUCGGCGCCGGAGAGGCUGCGGCGCGCGCUGGCCAGCGUGAGCCGGCGGAGGGCGGACCCUGUCAUCGCUGCCGUUCACCAGGUGCAGCCCGGCGAGGGCGUGGCGUCGCCGAGCGUCUGGCAGAAGGGCAUCCUCAUGGGAGGGAAGUGCCAGCUCCCGGACUUCUCGGGCGUCAUCAACUACGACCCCGCCGGCAACCUCGUCGCGCCCGCCCGCCCUGGCCGCGCCGUGCCAGCGCUCGGGUGGUGAAGAAGAGGAACGUGCACGCGCUUCUUAAGUACACGUGUCUGACAAAAAAAAAGAAAAAAAAAACUAUGCAAGGUUUCAAGCUCCGGAGUACUAUGGCAGGCUUGUUGCGACGCAGAGUAACUGAUCUGAAUGAAUUCCUUUUUCUUAGUAUUUCGUAAGAGGAUUUGACCAAGGAAAUUCGUGUGCUCCAUUUUCUUGAAGUCUCCACACGCAUCGAUGAUUGGUGGCUAAUUAAAGCUCACCUAUAAUUUAUAUCAUUGUGAGAACACCGGAUAGUGUAAACUUGUACUCCGAUUCUCAAGUCCAUCCAAC